CGUGCUCUCAGUCUGGCACGUGUCUGCCUCAGUGACCUUGCAAUGACCUCGGUCACGCGUGGGUCAGGGGUUCAUCGCCCCAGACAUUCCUGUCUGGAGUCUACUAUAAAUAGCUCGGGGUGAAGAUGGGUGACACACACCUGCUUCAAACCAGACAUGAUGCAGUCAUCUCCCUUUAUGACCGAGCGAGAGAAGAGCAUCCCCGCAGCUGACGGAUGUUUCCUGAUGUGGCGGGACUACAUGGACCUCCGUGGGACCCUGUCGCAGCUGCUGGAGCAGCGCGACCGAGCACACGCCGCAGAUGAGGGUUUCGUGAGAACCGGAUCCAGCAGCAGCGUCUCCAGCACCUCCACCUCCUCCAGCCGAGACCUGCGGACCCCUCGGGACUCCUGCGGAUUCUGCCGACAAAACGGAGAGACACCGGUGGUGUACAUGACUCACAGACUGAAAGCCCGAGACGGACGGAUCCUCUGCCCGAUCCUGAGGAGCUACGUGUGUCCGUUCUGCUCCGCCACCGGAGACCGGGCGCACACCCGCCACUACUGUCCGCGGAGGAACACACCGGAGACCGGCGACCCGUGAAUCAAUGGACUCCGUCAACAACACCGUGCGUCUGUGUUCGAAGUCUGUUGUGAAAAUGUGUUCAAAAGGUUGUUUACAUGUUAACGGUUGAAACGUGCUUCUGUGGUUAAUUUUAAAAUAAAAAUAUUUUUCUAGUGCAUC